AGGCGACCAACCAGAUCAGCCCUCAUCCAUCUCCCUUUAAUUGUGAGUGCGCCCAUAGAUUCGACUAUCCCGACAUCCCGCCGCGCACAUUGGCCCCCGGUUUCGCCUACAGCUCCCGCUAAUAUUUUCCAUUUCUCACCUACAGCCAUUAUAUCCACAGUCCAACAUGGCGGAUCCCGAAGUUCAAGAGCGCCUCAAGAAGCUCGCCCAGAGCGGCCGCAUUGUGGCAGCGCCAAGGGUACCCCCCGCAGAAAGGCUAAGCGUGCUCCCGCCCGCUCCGGCGCCGACGACAUGAAGCUUCUCUCUACCCUCAAGAAGCUCAACACCCAGCCCAUCCAGGGCAUCGAGGAGGUCAACAUGUUCAAGUCCGACGGCAACGUCAUCCACUUCGCCGCCCCCAAGGUCAACGCCGCCGUUCCCUCCAACACCUUCUCCAUCUACGGCAAGGGUGAGGAGAAGGAGCUUACCGAGCUCGUUCCCGGUAUCCUCAACCAGCUCGGCCCCGACUCUCUCGCCUCCCUCCGCAAGCUUGCCGAGAGCUACCAGGCCAUGCAGAAGGGCGAGAAGGGUGAGGGUGAGGAUGAGGACGAUGAUGAGAUCCCCGAGUUGGUCGAGGGCGAGAACUUCGAGAGCAAGGUCGAGUAAGGAUACCUCAUGAAAGGACACCUUACCCCUACGCUAUUCGAAUAAGCAAAAAUAAAUGAAAAUAAAUCAAAUCUAAAGGAACAAGCGUUGUCAUCCUUUUUUAUGAUCAAAAGGUCUUUUAUUAUAUGCGGUUAUGUGUGAUGCAUCUCGAAUGCUACUGAACAAGCAAUAUCAGCAUGUGCUACUCAUCUUAUCAUAAAAUCAUCAUAUCAAGUCAUGGCGCCAUUUAUAAUUCGAGCGAGAAUGACGUAUCGCCCUCGUUUCUCAACCAGCCUGUGAGCGCAAGCCGCCAGACAUCCCCCUUCACUCGCCUCCGGACGUCUAACACUGGAUUUGAUUUGAACGAUUCAUAGUCCCUGGAGAACAACUCCUGGUGAAGCUCGUCUUCGGGGGCAAGCGUGCGCAUGGCACGUUCCGCAGCUGCCCACAUGAGUCGGCGUGAUGUUUCGCUGGCGGACUUGCUGGUACCAAGUUUGCGCCCUUGGAUAAUUCCGUUGAUUGUAGACUCUUCUAAUCCAGCCCUGGUCCAAACUGCUGCAAGGUUGCUGGCAGAUAUCUUGGCCGCCCUGGAUGAUACCGAUCUCUUGGAAUACUGGAACUCACGCGUUGUCGUGGCUAUUGUAAACGGCUGAAACGUGUGGCUGGUAUCCCACAUCCUAUUUUCCAAGGCUGAGAGUCUCCCUGUAGCUGAAAACGCUCUUUGACAAGCGACAUCAGAAAACUGAGACUCUGGAAGCACCACUGUGUCAAUGUAAGCGUUCUCGGGGGAGAUAACCACUUCGGUGGCAGAUGACAGCAAGGAGGUGAACUGCUUCAACGACAUUUUGUCUGAACAUGAUUUUGAGAGUGUGACUGGCGCGUCAUUCCUGGCAGGUUUCCGGCGAACAAUGCCAAGUCUUGAAAAAUAAGCUCUCCCAGGCAAGUCAUGGGGCUGAUCCUGUGGUAGAUCCCAGGACGUUUCAUCAUCCUGAGCACCCAUUGUUAACUCCAUGCUUGCAUCACCAC